AUGAGUCUCCCAGGUGCAGAGCCGCGACAUGAGCGGCCACCCUUACCAGCUUGGCUUAUUGUGUUUUUCAGCAACAUGUUCUUCGGGUGCGCAGGCUUCUCCAUCGUCUUGCCUACCUUGUGGCCGUACCUACGACAGAUGAAUGCCUCGACGGAGUUUCUGGCUGCAGUCGUUGCAUCCUACAGCGUCGGUGAGGGCUUGGGAGGAUGGACCGGUGGCUGGCUCUACCAUCGGUAUCCCGAGCAUCCAAAGGCCCUCCUGUUGGGCGGGAUGGCAAUAGGCCUGGUGGCUGCUGCUUCCUACGUCGCGGCACCCAUCUUUGGAAGUGUCGCUGCCUUCGUCGUGCUUGUCGCUCGCUUCGCCUCGGGCUUUGACAAUGGAAUCCGCCAGACCAUCGAGCAGACCUUCAUCGGAAGCAAGAUUCCUGCUCGUCACCAGACUUCUUGCUCAUCGCGGCUUGCAAGCUGUGGAAUCACAGGCAUCAUGAUGGGGCCGGCAUUGGGAGCUCCUUUACAAGCUGUCGAUUUCAAGUUGCUGGGCCUUACAGUGGAUGGCAACAACGGCCCUGGAGUGGUGCUGCUCUUCGUCUGCGUGAUGAACAUGCUCAUGUCCUGGCGAUUCUUCAACCAGUCAGGCACCGUCAGUCAGCCGAGACUCGAAGCUUCAGAAUCGCAAGAUCGAAGACGACGGCCGCCGAACAAGCGCGGACUUCUGGUUUGCUACAUGGUUUUCUUUGGGGUGAACCUGAAUAUGGCGAGUCUGGAGACGAUCACUCCGGUGCUUGCACAGAGGCUUUACGGAUGGGGGCCGUGCUUGAACCCUGCCGAAUGCCCUUUUCAGGCAACACAGGUUUAUGUCAAUCUGCUACUUAGCUGCGGCGGUUUGCUGAGUCUUGCCAUGGCUGCGCUUAUGGCGUUCUACCUGGGUCCAUAUAUCUACAGACGAGAAGUGCUGGCCAUCACGCUGAGCCAUGCCGUAUCAGUGUUGGUGAACCUUGGUAAUAUUGACUGGGGAGGCUCCUUGCCUCCUUACCGCUUUGUGCUGGACUAUUUGCUGGGAGCCUUUUUUGGAGGCCUUGCACGUGGACCUGGAGUGGCACUGAUGACACAGAUCAUUGGCCCUCAUCCCAAAGCAGCUUAUAUGGGUUUGCUCUUUGCGAUCGGCGCAGUGCCUCGAAUCGUCGGGCCGUUCCUUUUCGUAGAACUUUUACAACUUCCAUCACCCUCACACGCAGCAGACUUUGCCUACGUCUACGAGGGUCCUGUUCCACGUACGUGGCUGCUGUAUGGUGGCCAGAUGGCCGUGUUUUUGGUCAUCUUCCUCAGUGUGCAGAUCUUCAGGAAAGAUUUGCAACCGCACCCGAUGCAUGGAGACAUCACGGCACGAGAUUUGUCCGAGCCACUGAUCAAAGAAGACUGUUCUCCAGGGACUUGCACGGAUUUUAUUCCAAACACGCCCUCGCUGGUGAGAGAAGGCAUUGCCAGUUUCGAGGACCUCACAAGGAACGCGAGUUCUCGCAGUAUGCUUGGCUGA